AUGCGGCAGAAAGUUGAUAAGCUUUUAAAAGGGAGUAAUAAGAGGUCGGAUUCAAAGUGCACCAUUGCAUGCACUCGCUGCAGAGUAAGAAAGAUUAGGUGUGAUUCAAACCUGCCAUGUAAUAAUUGUCAAGGAGCUAAUGCUGAAUGCGAGAAAGCCAACACCAAUGAUGAUGGCCGGAAAAAAAGAUAUAAAAACCUUUAUGUGAAGACCCUAGAGUGUCAAGUUAACACUCUUCAAAAUAUCCUUUCACAAUUAAUAAAAUAUAAAAGCAUCUCUAAUUCGAACGACAUCGACAUUCCGGAUUCCGUAAAGGAUUUGGCUAAGGGUAAUGAUAAUGAGGACAAAUUUUACGAUAAGAGCAUGGAGGGUAUGGAGCCAUAUGGCAAGGAUGUAAUGUUUGGGAACCUGGAUCCUCCAAACGCUAAGUUAUUGAUAAAUUCUGAACAACUCCACAGAGUAUUUCGAAACCUUAGAAGCGAUAUAACAGUAAUGCGUUCUGUUGAAAACUUUUUCAAGUGGCAGUAUUUCGAUGCCCAGUAUCUAAUUGAAAAAGAUUCGUUCUUACAUGAGUUCCUUUCAGAGACUGAUCAAGGCGUUGGAACGUAUUGCUCAGAAGAGCUAGUAUACGCAAUAUGCGCUUUAGGUGCAUUGCUUGCCAACGAAGUUGAUGUUCAAGAAAAGUCCAGGGAGUUUUAUUUGAAAGCUAAGCUGAUGAUUUUUUCUGAAAUGUCUCUUCAACCUUCUGCUACAACUGUGAAAUCAUUGCUAUGCCUCUCUAUUUAUGAUAAUGGUUACAAUGACUCUAGCUGUUGGAUGCUUUCUGGUUUGGCAUUCAGGAUGGGGUUUCACCUAGAAUUCGAUCAUUUUUUGCAAAAGUUCGAUGGUAUCAGUAAAGAUGGGAUAGUUCUUAAUUCUGAAAAUAGACUAUAUUGGGGAUGUUUUAUUUACGACCAUUACAACAGCAUAUUACUUGGCCGUGCAGUAACUUUAAAAGUGCCUGAGAAUUUGGGCUUAAGCAUCUUGAACCAAGAGCAACUGCCUGCCCCUCUAAUGUCAGAUUGCACAUCUCUAAAUAUUGAAUUUACAUUGAUGAAAAUGAUAGAACUAAGCAUACUUCUGGAAAAGCUUAUGGAGAAUAUCAACAUUUUUAAUGGGACUAAGGACGAUAAAAUGAAAAGAUUAAAUGUUGCUCUUAAAACUAGUAAAUUGAAUAACAUUAAUGUCAAAUUAAUGAAAUGGAAGGUAGAUGUUGCAUCUGUUGUUAGAUGGAAUAAAAGCGAGUUAAAAUUGCAUGGACAUGAUCUUACAAGGAUGUCCUUCAAAUAUUACUAUUAUUUGAUAAUACUCUGUUUCAAUAAGCCAUUUUCAUCCCUACAGGCAAACAUGAGUAUGUUUUCCCUUGAAAUCAAAAAUUCACUUUCUUCUUCGGCAGAUAUAGUAGAAGAUUGCAUUGAUGAUGUCUAUAUUUCCCUCAAUGCUUUUCAUAACAAGACGGGGUCCUUCAAAUAUUUAUCACUUACAAUUAUUUACAUCGUUAUUUUGUCCUUGAAUUAUUUCAUAUCAUCCGAGAAAACUUUAGGGUUUUCAGGUUCCGAGGAAACCCUGGUCACUUUUGAAUAUUUGCUCAUAGUAUUAAAGAAUGCUUCGAAAGAUUGGAAAAUAGCUUCCAGAGCUUUCAGUAUAAUUUUAACAAAGAUAAGAAAUAAGUGGCCAAUUUAUUACAAUGAAAUAUUCAAUAAAUCGAAAGUUGUGAGGUCCUACCCAAGUGACCACAGAGAAAAAUGUCUUCUAGAUUUCAAUCCAGAGAAUUUUAUGGAUAACUACAAUAUAGCCACACCAAGCACAGCUGACAGUAUUAUUGACAUCGAUGAUUUAUUUAAGAAAGACAUUGAUUUUAAGUCGUUGGACAUUUUAGAUAGUAAUAUUAGCUCAUGGUCCUAUUUAUUUCCAGAAUUGUAUAACUAA